AAAAUGACCUCCAAUGAUUCCUUAUCAGUUCUGUGCAAAUCUCUGGAACAGAUCACUUCUCCCGUCUACGAACAGAGGAAAGCAGCCGAGGACUUCUUAUUCUCGCACGAAGGAACCGAAGGCUACGCUACUCUUCUACUCAGUGCUAUAAAGGAACCCAGUCUAACUGAGAAUAUUCAAUUGCAGGCAGUCAUCUGCUUCAAGAACUUCAUCCGAAGGAACUGGAAGGUCGAUGACGUCAGUGGUAAUGCAGCCGAUAAAAUAAGUGAAAACGACCGAAAUAUGAUCAAAGCCGAAGUGAUCGGAGUGAUGACGACUUGCAAUGUGAAGAUCCAGAAGCAGUUCGGAGAAGCAGUCGCUAUCAUCGGCAAGGAAGACUUUCCCCAGAAGUGGCAGAAUUUGAUGAGUGAAAUGAUUAGCAGAUUAAACAGUGAAAAUUUUGUAGUCGUCAACGGAAUUCUUUUAACGGCUAAUAGUUUGUUUAGAAGAUACAGAUUCGAAAUGAAAAGCGAAGCUCUGUGGAUUGAAAUCAAACAUGUUUUAGUGACGUUUGCAGUUCCUUUGACUGAAUUUUUUGUCAAAGUAUUUGAUUCUAGUUCAACCAUUACUGGACCUGAAGCUGCGAAUGUGUAUCAAUGUUUGUACUUGAUAGUUCAAAUCUUCUAUAGUUUGAGCUACCAAGAUAUCCCCGAGGAGUUUGAAGAUAGACUGGAUCUGUGGAUGUCGAGGUUGUAUCAGCUUCUGGAAGUACAGCUGCCAAAUUUGACAGAGGCUUCUAGUGACGAACCAGGAGUUUCAGAGUUGCUGAAAAGUGAAAUAUGCGAAGUGGUCUCAAUGUAUGCUACAAAAUACGACGAAGAGUUUGCAUCUUUCCUACCAACUUUUGUGACAGCGACGUGGAAACUGUUAACUUCGACCGAUUUGAGUCCGAAGUAUGACAUUCUAGUGACAAAUGCUAUGUACUUUCUAACCUGUGUGAGUGAGAAAGCCCAAUAUAAAGCUUUGUUUGAAGAAGAAAAUGUUCUGAAAAGUAUCUGUGAACAAGUCGUGAUCACAAAUAUCCAGUUUAGAGAAUCGGACGAGGAGUUAUUUGAGAUGAACCCAGAAGAGUAUGUGCGUCGAGAUAUAGAAGGUUCGGAUGUGGACACGAGACGCAGAGCUGCUUGCGAUCUAGUCAAAGGUCUAUGCAGGUUCUUUGAAGAACCAGUAUCGAAACUGUUUGCUGAGUUUGUUAAUGUAAUGAUAGAUCAGUUUAACGCUAACCCAAAGGCUAACUGGAAAAGUAAAGAUGCGGCUGUUUUCUUGGUUACCAACUUGGCGGCUAAAUCGAAAACCGAAAAGGCAGGAACAACUCAAGUCAGAGAAUUAGUGAAUGUUUCUGACUUUUUCGUCAACGUCGUCUCGAAGGAACUUUUUGCUGUUAGUUCGCUUAAAGAGUUUCCAGUACUUCGUGCAGAUGCUCUCAAGUAUUUGGUAACUUUUAGAAACCAUUUACAGAAGGAAGUUUUGGUCCAGUGUUUACCUGCUAUUUCUGCGCACAUGAAAGCAGAAAGCGCAGUUGUGCAAACUUAUUCUGCGCUGUGCUUGGAAAAAUUGUUGAUUUUGAAAAGUAAAGAAGUCACUUCAGGUGUUUCAACAUUGUUAACUGCUGCUGAUUUGGAAGCUCAUUUAGCUGACAUAAUUUCUGGUCUCUGUUUAAUUUUGACAACUUCUGAAGAGGAAAAUGAACACGCGAUGAAGUGUCUGAUGCGUCUGUGUUGUUUUCUCCAGCAGAAAAUGCUCCCAUAUUUAGGCCAGAUUUUUGAAGUGGUCUUAAAAAAACUGAAAGAUAUAAUUGCGAACCCGAAAAAACCGCUCUUCAUACACUUUUUAUUCGAAACUAUCGCAGUUUGUAUCAAAGUGUAUUGCGGUUCGUCUGCUGAAAAUAAAGUAUCGACUUUUGAAACUUCGCUUUUGCCUGACUUCGAGCAGAUUUUAAUGAAAGAUAUUUUGGAACUGUUGCCGUACAUGUUUCAAAUUUUGACACUUAUGAUGGAAACGAAUAAAGGCAACGCCCCCGAUUUCUACAUGAGUCUGUUCCCAUUUUUGCUGAAUGAUCAGUUGUGGGAAAGACAAGGAAAUAUUCCUGCAGUUGUCGGACUUCUAAGGGCAUAUCUGAGGAACUGUGUUAAGUUUGUGGCCAAUGCGGAAAACGUAAAAAAUUUGCUCGGAAUUUUUCAGAAACUGGUCAACUCAAAGUCCAACGAUCAACAUGGAUUCAAACUUUUGAAUUCGAUGGUAGAAAUGAUACCUUUUGUCUUAUUAGAAUCAUCUGUGCCGCAAAUUUUACAGAUGAUUUUCACUAGAUUAAGUCGCUUGAAGACAACUAAAUUUGUCCAAAGUAGUUUGCAAUUUUUUGGACUGUUUGCGGCAAAAGUCAGUGCCGAGCAUUUGGUCAAUUUCGUUGAAGCAAUUCAACCAGGUCUUUUUGGAAUGGUUGUCGACUCAUUGAUGCUCAAGGAAUCUCAGAAGCUAACAGGAGCGGUUGAGAAGAAAGUUUAUUCGAUCGGCUUGAUCAAAAUUUUGGUUGAUUGCACCCCUUUUUACACCAAAUACGCGGAUAAAUGGACGCCUUUGUUGGAAGUUCUGAUUGCGUUGUUUGAACUACCCGUAGAUCAGCGGGAAGUGGACGGAGCCGGGGAUCAUUUUUUGGAACUGGAUGACCCUGAAGGUGAGGGGGGAUACCACAACGUCUAUUCGAGGCUCAUUUUCGGCGCAGACCACGCGGUGGAUCCAUUUGCGGGGCAAAUUGCAGAUCCGAGGAAAUAUCUAGCGGAAAGUUUAAAGAAAUUUUCAUUGCAGAAUCCGCAAGUGGCAAAUCAAGUGGCGAGUCUGCCCGCUGAAGCUCAGAAACAUUUGCAGAGUUACUACGCUUUCGCGGGCGUCACGCCCUAAGGUUUUGAAUGUUGCUCUCAAUGUUAUAGAAAACAACUAAUCUUAUUGUUUUUUCUCUUAGGUCCAAAACAAACAUUUUCUGUUAUGAUUAAUUGCACACUAGUGUUCAUCUUUUUAGUGUGUAUCAUGCAAGAUUAAUUGAUUCAUGCAAACCCUGAGGCGUACAAAAUGAUUUGAUACUAAGUUGAAUGUUGUAAAAACUCGUGCUGUAACAGAUGUUUCAUGCUGAUGCUGUUGUUAUAUAAUUAAAGUAUCUGAGGUGUAGAAUAUGAGCUGAAGAAUAUGUAUUUGAUUCUCUUGAAGUUGGUCAAUUUUAAUUUGAUCUGCUAUGGACUAAUAAGACUGAGUUCGCAAUAGCUUGACCAAUGAAUGAUUCCUUUUUAUGAAACUAGAUGAUGAUGGUGCAUAUUAUGACCUACAGACUGGUGCAUGUUUUUUAAACUUUUUAUACUUGAAACUCAAUUCAAAGUUUUCUCAAA